AUGUCUUCAAUACGGGAGGAUUAUAUGGCACCUUGGUGGACAUAUUGGCUACACAAUUUCCCUCAUGUCAACUUGAACUUCCAGCCCAUCGACAACACGUUCACUCCCCAGGAUCAGAACUACCAGCAGUCAUUCAUCUUCCUGGCCUGUAUGGUGGCUGCAGGGCUGGGCCUGAACCUGCUCUGCCUGGCCAUCUACCUGAGCUGCCUGUGCUGCUGUCGGAAAGACGAGGAGGAGAGCAAGAGCCCCAACUCCUGCUGUGUCACCUGGUCUGCCGUCACCGCCGGACUCCUCAGCUGCGCUGCGGUGGGAGUGGGUUUCUAUGGCAACAGCGAGACCAACGAUGGGGUGUACCAGCUGACAUACUCCCUGUACAACACCAAUCAUACCCUGGGAGGGGUCGACAGCCUGGUGACGGGCACCAUGGGUAGCAUGGAGAGUGGUCUGAAGCAGCACCUGGCGAGGUUGGAUGAGAUCUUCGCCACGCGGGGAGACUACGUACAGACCCUGCACUUCAUGCAGCAGAUGGCUGACAACGUCAUCAAACAGCUGUUGGGCCUGCCUGACUGGGACAUGACUAAAGUAGAUUUGGCCGCUAUCGCAGACCAGAUCACAUACAUAGAGUACUACAGGUGGCUCACCUACCUGCUGCUACUGAUUCUAGAUCUGGUGAUCUGUCUGGCGGCUUGCCUGGGCCUAGCCAAACAGUCUCGCUGGCUGCUGACAACUAUGAUGGUGUUUGGGGUGCUGACGUUGAUCCUGAGCUGGGCGUCUCUGGGAGCUGACCUGGCCACUGCUGUGAGCACAAGUGACUUCUGUGUGACCCCAGACAAGUUCAUCAUGAACCAGACCAAGGACCUAAUCAGUUCUGAGAUAGUGCAUUACUACCUGUACUGCAGCCAGGCCCUCCCCAACCCAUUCCAGCAGUCUCUGACCAUCUUCCAGAGGUCUCUGACCACCAUGCAGAUACAGAUACAGGGCCUGCUGCAGUUCGCUGUGCCUCUCUUCCCUUCCGCCGAGAGAGACCUACUGGGCAUUCAACACCUACUCAACUCAUCAGAGGCUAGCAUCCACCAGCUAACUGCCCUACUGGACUGUAGAGGACUCAACAAGGACUACCUGGAUGCCCUGAUCGGUGUGUGUUAUGAUGGGGUAGAGGGCCUGCUCUACCUCUGCCUCUUCUCCAUUCUGGCAAUUUGUGCCUUCUGUGCCAUGCUGUGUGCCAUCCCCCGGGCAUGGACACAUAUCACCAGCAGGGAGCGUGAUUAUGACGAUAUAGACGAGGGUGACCCGUUUAACCCUCAGGCCAGACGCAUGACGACCCACAACUCCAACCAUGCCACCAACAUGCACAGCUUCUGCAGCUACAGCAGCAGUGUGGGCAGCCAGAGCAGCCUUCACCCACCUGCCGCCCAGGCUGCCCAGGCUGUGUCCAACGCACCCGUCUCAGAGUACAUGAACCAGUCAGCGUUGUUUGGGGGAAACCCGCGGUACGAGAACGUUCCUCUGAUCGGGAGAGGCUCUCCGCCCCCCUCGUACUCCCCCAGCAUGAGGGCUACAUACCUGUCCAUGACUGAGGACCAGAUCAGACACUUUGGGAAUGAUUUCCAGGCAUAG